AUGGAGCCGGCCGUCGACAUCAGUCAGCUUCAGGCGUGCGGGCACGCUGUGGCUGGCCACGCCGGCACCAUGCAGGACCCGGAUGGCAAUCUGUUCAUCAAGCCUUGCACGAAUCAAGAGCUCGAUUUUUACCAAGCCGUCUAUGACAAGGCUAAGGAGGAAGAAGCUGUUGAAGAGGAGCUGGAGAAUAAGUUCCUGGCUGACGGCCUGAACCCCGAAGACAUUGAUGCGCGGAUAGACGACUGGCGCGACCUAAACCCCGAUGCCACGAAAUGGCGCGACCUGAAGAGCAUCAUGCCCGAGUUCAUGGGUAGUCUCAACCUCAGUGGCUCGGCGGAUCUGGCAGUCAGCGAACUCGUCGCCGCCGUCGUGGGCGAUACGGGAGACGCCGCCAAGGACAAGGAGCAGGCGGCCAAGUUGAUAGACAAGCAAGAGCAAGAGCAAGAAGCGUCUGAGACGAUACCCGAGGAGUGGGUGCCCACCAACGGCGGCAAGAUCUCUACUGACAAGGCCAUUGUGCUGGGCAACUCCUCGGUUGGGUACAAGCACCCCAACAUUUUGGAUCUGAAGCUGGGCAAGGUUCUCUAUGCACCUGGUGCGCCGGAAAAAAAGAAGCUGAAGAUGGACAAGCUGAGCGCCGCUACGACCCAUGCCAAGUACGGGUUUCGCAUUGCGGGCAUGAAGACUUUCCGUGGGUCGACUGACGAGUCCAAAUUGAACGAAGAGGAGUACAUGGUGUAUGAUAAAGAAUACGGGCGUACCUUGGUCAACAACGAUACCCUGGUGAACGACAUUGCCAAGUUCCUGUUUAACGAACGAGCCGGAAUCGACAGGCCGCUGGCAAAGGCAGUGUGCCGGGCUAUCUCGCACGAGGUGGAACGCAUUGAGACAAUCCUGUCGCGCAUUGGUGUGACCAUGUUCUCAGCGUCGCUGCUCAUUGUUGUCGAAGGAGAUGGCAAGGCGCUCAGGACGGCAAUCAAGCAGCACAACACACUCGCCGAGGCCCUGGAUGCUGGUGAACCGUCAACCGUCAAACUCGAGAAUCGCGUUGAUAGUGGCAUCGCGCUCCAAGACGAGGAUGACGAAGAGGACGAGCUGGGCUAUCCGCCAACCUGGUCCGUGAACCUGAUUGACUUUGCGCAUGCGAGCUUCUUGAAGGACGACAGUGGCAAUAUUACGACUGAGCCUGACUCCAACUUCAUGGACGGUAUCAGGAGCAUAAAGGAGAUCUUCGCCGAGCUCGGGCGCCUGUGGGGUGGCAAGUUCCCCAAAAGCUCGAGCUCCGACCAGAAUCCAAAGUCGACCUCGACGGCCAUCUUCGCCUUGACCGCGCUCCAGUCCUACGCCAAUGUAGCCGCCAUGUCGAUUCCAGGCCUGGGCCAAAUUCCGUCACAGACGACAACAGCGUCGGCACGGACGAUUACGCUUCGCCCAGCCUGGGAGUACCGCUUCGAGACCGAAUCAGGCACGACACUCACAAUCAAGCUGAGCAAUGGCGUAGCAGAGAAGGAUGGCAUCGAGCUCGCGCCACGAACGCCUUACACGUUCGCCAACAUCAAGUCCAAGAUCACGACGUGGCACGGUUGCGAGCUAGACAUUGAAGGCGCCACAGCCAGCGAAUCCGUCGCCGAGUAUGCCACGCUGGUGGACAACCCGGGAAAUGCACUUCUCAACCUCCAUGCGCGCUUGUCCGAAAUGCGCGACAGUGCAGCGCGGGAGAGGAAGCAUGGCCCGCGCAUCCUCAUCACGGGACCAGCAGACGUGGGCAAGACGACUGUCACACGGACGCUAGCGAGUUAUGCGACGAAGCAGGGCAGCCAGCCACUGAUUGUCAACUGUGACCCCGAGGAGGGCAUAUUGACGCUCCCCGGAACUUUGAGCGCGGCUGUCUUCGCAACAGUCAUGGACCCAGAGGCCACCGACGGAUGGGGUUCCACACCGACCAGUGGCCCUAGCAGUGUACCGGUCAAGCUCCCCAUUGUCCAGUACUACGGCCAAAGGAACGCUGAGGAUGAACCACAGUUCUAUCGUGAGCUUGUUGCGCGGUUGGCAGACACGGCCAGUGGUCGCAUGCAGGAGGACGCGGACGUCAAAGCAUCGGGCGUCAUUAUCGACUCGAUCGAUUUGGUCGCCAAAGGCGGUGAGGGCUACGACAUCCUGGCCCACAUUGUCGACGAGUUCUCAGUGAAUGUGAUUGUCGUCCUCGGGUCGGCCGAGAUGAACGAUGCGCUGUCCAAGCGCUUUGGCACACAGCAAACUGGCGUGGGCGAGCCGAUCCAUGUUGUCAGUCUAGACAAGUCCGAUGGUGCUGGACCCAGAAGCAAUAUGCUCAUGGAGCGAAACCGGGAAGCUGUGAUCAAGGAGUACUUUUUCGGCGAUGCUCGGCGCACACUGAGCCCGCAGAUUCAACAGGUCGACUUUGGGAGUCUGGUCAUCUACAAGCUGCAGGAUGGCGGCCGACUGGUGCGCGAGCAGCCCUCCUCGGUCAUGCAGCACUGGACGCUGGCCAUCAUGCAUGCCUCGACCAGGGACACGCCCGAGACCAUCCGAGCAGCUGGCGUGAUGGGCUAUGUCUACGUCUCGGACGUGGAUGAGGAGCGACGCAAAGUCAAGAUGCUGGCGCCGGUCAGUGGCAGGCUGGGAGAUCGACCCAUGGUCUGGGGUAGGUGGCCGGAGCCGUACAUCAAUUUGCUGGGGUAG